AUGGUUGGAUCUGAGUUCAUCGACUACAUUUCCAAGUUCCACGUGACGACCUAUGCCGGCGUGGAGGACUUUGCAGACAAGUUCAACUUCCUCCUAACCGUCAUGGUCAUCAGCCUCUGCACCGUCAUCAUCUCGGUGAAGCAGUACCUCCUGAAGCCCAUAGCCUGCUACAUCGCCACCGAGGUGGGUGGCAGCAAUUUGCUGAACUAUGUGGAGAAUUACUGUUGGGUGCAAGGAACCCUGCCCGUCUCUUACACCGGCAAGAUGCCGUCCACGGAGCAGGAGUGGCAGGAAAUGGAAAACCACAAGAUCCUGUACUAUCAGUGGGUGCCUUUCGUACUUGGCCUACAAUGUGUCCUCUUCUACAUCCCUCGUGCCAUAUGGCAAGCCAUCUGCUACAAUCGGACCGGCACAGACCUCGAGAAUUUGAUUACCAAGUCAGUAGAUACGAUCCACGCCAAGGAAGGGGAUCGACAAGGCAUGGUCAACGACCUGGUCGCAAUGGUGGAGCACUUGUUAUUCCAG